AUGAGCGGACCCGGUUUGGGUGCCAAUGAAGCGGAAGUUUCACAACGUGACAAAGCUGACUAUCGUCUACCUUGUUCAAACGACAACGAUCAAGACCUCUUCCCUCCUUCGCCUCUCCCUGAAUCGUUACCUUCAACUCAAGACGCUCUCCCCUCAGCGUUCUCAACCUCCGUCGAGGAAUGGAUUGAUCGGAUACUCACUCCCCCAACCUCUGAAGCUUCCAGCUCUUCUACUACCUCCCACAACACCACAUCCACAUCUUCCAAGCGGAAGCGAAUUAGUUCCACAGACUGUGACGAGCUCAUCGAGCCGCAUACCUUGGUCCUAUUAUCCAGGAGGAACCUCCAAAGACAUUUAGCGGCUAUGGCACCUCCAACCACUUCCCAGACGCCAAAGAAGGGCGGUGCGGAUACGUUCUCUAACAGCACUCAAGGCACGCCAAAUGACAAGCGCACACUCCCCAAGGGACCCUCUUGGGUGAGGGAGUGUCAGAAAGGCCACAACAUUUUCCGCGAACAUGAGGUCUUUGACUGUGAGGACUAUAAAGAUUUCAAGCAGCUUGUGUCGGCCCCCUUUCAAGGCGAUCGUCAUUCUGCCGUCAAGCCAUCCUCCGCUCAGAAAUUCAAGGAAGUUCAUGAUUAUUAUAAAGAUCUCAACGAGGCGGGGUUCAAGACAGAAAUGCUGCGAUUGAUUGUGAAAAUAGAUUUUGAGAUUCAACUCGAACCGGCAACGGAAACGAGUCGGGCUGUCUACGGACCAAGUGAGAGCUGGAACAAAGGCCUUCGCGUCCAGUAUAAUCAACCUGUUAAUCGUGGCCACAUUCCUCACACCUACACUGAUCCUCAAUUCGACCAAAGAAAGGUUCGGGAUGCUUUGAAGAAGGAGGGUAUGUCAAACGCAGAGCCGGACGCAGUGUGGGGCUUUGACCCGAAGAACAUGCCUAAUUUUCAGUUCCAUCCCGACACGCGCGAGCUGAUGCUCCUUCUACCAAAACUGAACUGGCCAUUCUUUGUCAUGCAGUCCAAGCAAGCAAACGGCAACUGGGAAGAUGCCUGUAACGAGGCGACUCGCGAUGGCAUUGCCAUUGUCAGCGCCGCGCGAGAGCUCUGCGAGAAGGCUGCCAUCAAUAUCAAGACUCCUGGGCCCGAUGAGAACACUUACGUAUACUCAGCUGUGAUGGACACCAAAGUCAUGGAGUGGUACGUGCACUGGGCGGAAGUUACGGACAGUGGCGAUGUCAAAUACCAUAUGAAUACUGUCGUCGAGAACCGGGUGUUGAAGGGUGAGAACGCACUCAGCAACCUGCGCAGCCCAACCCAUAAUAUCCUGGAUUGGGGCCUCAUGAAGCGAAAGCCUGUGGUUGAAGGAUGGUAUGAGGCAAUCGCCAAGCUCGACAGACAAAGGUUCAUGAAUAAGUCAGCGCCGACUGGCACGCCUAGCACAACGACUAGCGGAUCGACCGCAGGGAGUAAGAGGCUGAGGACGCACAGCUCCUCGGCUCAGGAGGGGUUUUAG